GCGGGACCAGCUGCUCCUGGAUAUUUUAAGCCUGCUCCCAAUAUCCAUAUUGCCCUGGACCGAGUAUCGUAAUGCUUGCUUUCAACUACCAUCUAUCACAUGUUACUUUGGCGAAGCAUCACUGCUUGUAUGGAAGUUCUGCACAACAGCCUACCUUUAAGCAACCUCCCUGUCUAGGUAUCAGUUGGACGACCAACAACAUGAACCAACAGGGCAAGCAUGCCUCUCUAAAGAAUGCCUACGAGCCGUUGGGUAAGAAUCAGUUUUGCCCAGCUCCUUGCUGCACAAACUGUCUUUUAGUUGCGGCGCCGUCACUCAGAAGAUUCAAGCAUCGGCAGUGUCCCACAUCAAGCCCCACGCGGAGAGCAGCCCGGUUCCUGGCGGCGCGGGACCUGCGGAUCGGAUCUCCCUCCAGCUAGGUACUGUCGGAUAGCAAGAGGAAUUCAAAGGGUCCAAACUGCAGGCAAUAUAGAGUCACCUGCGUGUUUUCUAUGGCCCCAAGCAUCUGUGGCAUUCUGCUUGCAUUGCAUUGUCGCUGUCCCCAAGCGAGGCAGGGUCUUCGGCGUCCGAAGGGCUGGAGAUGCAAGGGUUUUACGAGAUUUGGCGACCUCUGUGACAAAAGGUUCCAUCAUAUCUUGGGGUCUAUGUGGAUUGGUUGUGUGACAGUUAGAGGUGUACCUGAGGAGCACUGAGACCAUCCCUUAAUUCCCUGGACUUUUUUGGCGCUUGGCCCCAAGGGACAGAACGUCCGCUCUACUAUUUUUCUCUCCAUUCCUACACCUCCACGUCGUGGAUUCUUGACUCUCUGAAACCCUUGAGAAGCGCAGGUUAUGACAGGCUGUUCCUGAACCUAGUCACCAACGAUAUGCUCCAUCAAUAAGCUCCCUGGUUUCGUUUGGACACGGCGUCCCCACCAAUAACGUUAAGCUUUGGCCUGGAACAACUCCUCGCCACGAUCACGAAUUGCCCUUGGGCGUUUCCAAAACCCAAGCGCUGUCUGGAGACCUCUACCACGCACUCACCAGUUUGGCGAUCGCAUCUUCUUUUCUUCUUCCUCGUCCGCCACAGCCAUCAAAACGCCCAACGAUUUGACUGGCAUCCUUCACCAUGGCGGCCGGCAGCGCUCGCUAUGUGCGCUACAUCCUAAUUGCCUUUUUCGUAUUGGCAGUUUUCUACUUUAUAUCGGAUUCUAGCAAUGCGAUUUCCCAAAAUAUUACUAUCCCCCAUGGCAACAAGGGCACCGAUGACCACGCCCACAAGGAUGCCGUUUUAAACAACCAGCCCAACAGCCAUGAUGCUGCUGGUGAUACCCACAACACCAAGAACAAGCCCGCGAUCCCCAAGGUUGGCGCUAACAUCGAUCCCGCCGAGUACCCGCUGGCCAUGACCCCAAAUGACCCCGGAUUCCACGAUCUGUCCGGCAUCAAGGGAGGACCCCGCGUUAACGCAACCUUCGUUACCCUGGCACGCAACUCUGACGUCUGGGAGAUUGCCAAGUCCAUUCGUCAAGUUGAGGACCGUUUCAACCGGAGAUACAACUACGACUGGGUGUUCUUGAAUGACCAGCCCUUCGACGACACUUUCAAGAAAGUCACAACAUCCCUUUGCUCGGGCAAGACGCACUAUGGUCUCAUUGGCGAGGAACACUGGGGUUUCCCUGAUUUCAUCGACCAGGAGAAGGCCAAGAAGGUUCGCGAGGAUAUGAAAGAGCGCAAGAUCAUUUACGGCGACAGCGUCAGCUACCGCCACAUGUGCCGCUUCGAGUCUGGCUUCUUCUUCCGCCAGCCCUUGAUGAUGAACUACGAAUACUACUGGCGUGUCGAGCCCUCGGUCGAGCUGUUCUGCGACAUCCACUACGAUCCCUUCCGCUUCAUGCACGAGAAUGGAAAGAAGUACAGUUUCGUGCUCAGCUUGUACGAGUACAUUGAGACCAUCCCCACCCUGUGGGACAGUGUCACCAAGUUUAUGAAGAAUCACCCCGAGCACAUUGCUGAGGACAACUCCAUGGGUUUCCUGAGUGAUGACGGUGGCAAGACGUACAACAAGUGCCACUUCUGGUCGAACUUUGAGAUUGGUAGCUUGAGCUGGCUCCGCUCCAAGGCAUACAUUGACUACUUUGAGUCUCUCGACAGGGAUGGCGGUUUCUUCUACGAGCGCUGGGGUGAUGCCCCUGUGCACUCGAUUGCUGCCGCCCUCAUGCUUCCCAAGGACCAGAUUCACUUCUUCAACGACAUUGCCUACUACCACGUGCCCUUCACCCACUGCCCAACCGGUGAGAAGCUCCGCACGGACCUCAAGUGCCACUGCGACCCCAAGAACAACUUUGACUGGAAGGGGUAUUCUUGCACAUCAAGAUACUUUGAGGUCAACGGUCUAGAGAAGCCCGAGGGCUGGCAAGACCAGACUGACUAAAUUGUUUAGUGAGGGCCAAUACAGAAUAGCUGAGCUGUUUGGAGAAUCAGGGAUAUUGAUAUAGAGUUGUACCAAAUCCUAUCGAGUUCAUGACUGUUUUUCGUUUUUUUAUCUGUCUUUGUCUUAACGAAACAUACAACCAUCAUCAACUCAUGGUUGACAAACGUACUGGGUCGAUUCUUUUUGCGGGAACUAAGGGACGGCCUCGAAAUCACACCACAAUGGAAGAACAACCAAGGGCUAUGCUAGGCAAGCAAGCGAUGUUUCAGUCAUGUUGGAAAUAAGGAGGGUGGAAGUGAUGGCGGAUUUCGUCAGUAUGGAAGUUGACG